AUGAACUUCCAACAACCAAUAAAACUAGUUACUUCACAUGAAAACAUUUGGGAUGACUAUCAAAUCUGCGCUGAAGCUGUUGAAGACUGCUCUCCUCAGAAACCUUACUUUACAAGGCAGUUCUUGAACACUCUUAAGGAGAACAAAGGUAAACCUUUAAAAGAGUUCAGAGAGGUAGCAUCUGAAAGCCUUUGAGAGCCUGAAGAAUCCGGUGAUGGCUCGUCUCAAAAAGAGGACGACUUUGAGUCCAAAGUUGAGCUUAAAGGAAGUCUGCUAAAGCAAAGCAUGAAGCCAAUGACUUUUGAUUUCAACUCUUCCCCUAAUCAUACUAGUCAAGUUUUUAAUAAAAAAGAAGGUAGAGAGCUAAGAAAAAUCUCUUCAAGUGAGAUUUUAAGAGUGCUGACCAGAUAA